UAAACCCUUGGUUCUCCAGGACUCCUCCUGUCUCCUCGUGUUGUUUGCUCUGCAGUUGGCUCCUGAUGCUGUGAGAGACACCAGGUGGAACGGAACAGGGGACGGGAAGGGAGCUCCAGAGAACAAAAGAUGAGAAGGAAAGUCGCUAGGGUUCCCCUGCGCCAAGACCUUCUCAUGACCUCUCUUUCCCAACAGUCCCUGCCAACAGCUCUCAUCACAGGGCGGCAGAGAAGCUAAUCAGUCCCAGGUUCUCAGGGGUUAGAAGCGGUGUUGCUGGCUGCAGGGAUCGCUGGUUUCUCCACAAGACAAACCCUUGGCUGCUCAGCUCGAGCCUUGCUGCCCUCUGCACCUGUGUCUUGUAGAAACCGAAGAGGGAUAUAAAGGCAGCAGCGGGUGGAGCGCCCUCAGCCCUCAGCCUGCACCGGGAGAACCCUGCCUUGAAUCAGGUCAUGGCACAAUGGUGGCAGAUCCUCUUGGAAUUGUGGAUGGUCAUGCCCACCUUAUCAGGGGACAAGCCAGUCAACAUCUGCAUGAAUGCCAAGCACCACAAGCAAGAGCCUGGCCCAGAAGACAAGCUCUACUUGGAGGUAGACAAAGCGGAGGUCAGUGGUCAGGCGCCUCCUGUUCUUCAGGGCAUGUUGACAGAUACCCUACAGAGCUGCUCAAGAUGUCCCUUCUCCUGGCACCCUCUGCCCAAGACCCUGAACCCCAGCCUCUUACCCACUGCCUGCUGCUUCUCCCUCCACGUCCAGUGUGUCCCCUGGAAGGACAAUGCCUGCUGCACGCCCACCACAAGCUGGGAAGCCCACCUGGAUGAGUCCUUGCUCUUUAACUUCAGCAUGAUGCACUGUGGACUGCUGACCCCCGUCUGCCACAAGCACUUCAUCCAAGCUAUCUGCUUUCAUGAGUGUUCCCCCAACCUGGGGCCUUGGAUCCAGCCGGUGGCCCCGGACAGGCAAGAAGAGCGGGUUUGGGGCGUGCCCCUGUGCUGGGAGGAUUGCGAGGAGUGGUGGGAAGACUGCCGCUCUUCUUACACUUGCAAAUCCAACUGGCGUCGUGGCUGGGACUGGAGUCAGGGAAAAAACCGCUGCCCGGUCCAGGCGCCUUGCCGCCCUUUCUCGGAUGUAUUCCCCACCCCCACUGAUCUGUGUGAGAAGAUCUGGAGCUACACAUUCAAGGCCAGUCCUGAGCGCAGGAAUAGCGGCCGGUGUCUGCAGAAGUGGUUUGAGCCCACCCAGGACAACCCUAACGUGGAAGUGGCCCUCCGCUUUGCCGGCUCUGCCUCAGCCCGGGAGCUAUCUUACAGCCUCUCAGCCUUCUCUCUGUACCUGCUGCUCCAUUCCUGAGGGUCCCCUCUCCUACCCACAUUCCUUGAUCCUGCUGGGUCCUGGCCAUGUCCUUCCUCAGACUGCUCAGGGUGAGAGCUUCCAGGUCCCGUUCACUGCUUGGCUCUGCCUCCGCUGGCCUGGACGGCUGCUGGUACCCAGCAGUCUAAGGCAACUUGUUUUCCCUGCCUUUAGGGAAGGUACAACUGUAGGACUCCCCACACUUCUCAUGUCCACACCCCUCCUGUUUGCUGCACAACAGACAACACUGGCAGCCAAGUGACCUGUCCUGCCAUGGCACCCUCAGUAAACUGACAGGGAAGCUCUCCUUCCCAUGAGCCACUCUUUUCCAGUCCCAUGAGUACCAACCCAAGAUAUGUAAAGAGGGAGCUGAUUUGUCCUCAUUAAGAUUUUAAUUUCCUUGACUACUAAUGGGGUAAGAAUUUUUUUAGUAUUGGUCAUUUGGGAUGUUUCUCUGUCACACUGUGUGUGUAUCUCCAUCCUUUCCCUCUGUCCCUCCCCCUUCCUUUUCUUGAAAAAUACUCUCCCGUAUCCCAGGUUAGCCUGGAACUCAAGGAUGACAUUAAACUUCUGAUCUUCUUGCCCCCACCUUCCAGUUGCUGGGAUUGUGCACAUAUGCCACCACCCCUGGUUUCAUGCCGUGCUGGAGAGCUAACCCAGGGCUCUGCACAGGCUAGGCAAGCACUCUACCAACUGAGCCAUAUUCCACCCCCUCUUCCUCUUCCUCCACAGUCAUAGCAUUCUAGUCUUGGAUUUUGGACCCUUGAGCUCUAUCUAGGCUGACUUUUCCACUGUUAUUGUACUUUCCCCCAGUUGAGAACUGAACCUAGGGUCUUAUGUGUGCUAGGCAUACACUAAAUCCCCAACCCAAGAUCUUUCCGCUUGCUCUGGAACAUUUGGUAAUUUUUUUGGUCUUUGUAUAACACUGCUUUGAUUUCUCCCCCAUGGAGAGGAGUGAGGCGCUGGACCGGAUGAUUUAAUUUACAAAACCAGGAAAGGAGAGACAUCCAGGAGCCCCAUUUACUGUAUCAUGGAAGGAGCAAUAGCCAGCAGAAUGAGACAGAAAUGCAGAAUUAACAGUAGAAGGACCAUUGGCUUCAACUCUCUCCUAUGAGCAGACUCAGUGCGGAUCUGCACACUAGGGGUCUUUCUGAGUCUGAAGCUGACCCCUCCUAGCACCAGAUGGUGACUUCCCUGUCACUUGUGUGUGUGUGUGUGUGUGUGUGUGAGAGAGAGAGAGAGAGAGGGAGAGAGAGAGAGAGAGAGAGAGAGAGAGAGGGAGAGAGAGAGAGAGCAGGAGAUUGUCUCAAGAUUGCUGGUUCUUGUCUGAAACAAACUCUGUUCAUCAAUAAACUCAGCAUGUAUCCUU